AUGCCAUCGUCAAAAGGAAAGCCCACAGACCCCGAACUGAGAGAGGAGCUCAAGGAAGAGAUUAAGCAAGAACCCAACAAGAGCGGCGGCGGCCAAGGUCAAUGGUCCGCGUGGAAAGCGUCGAAGCUCGCAAAGGAAUACGAAAAGCAAGGCGGUGACUAUGAGAAUAAAGCUGGAUCCAAGAACGAGCCUAAAAAGGGCGAGCCACAGCACAAGAGCCAAAGAAAGAAGAGUCGAGAACUUGAAGAGGACUGA